GAGUUACCUUAAACGACGCGAUGAAUGCGUGUCCAGCAUUUGGCAAAGGUGUGUGUCCAUACGCCAUCCUUGUGACCAAGUGCAAGGGUCUGGCUGGCAAGUGCCCCGCUUUUGAGGGAGGCUGCCCAUUCAAGAACUGCAAGACCGUUGGAGAGUUCGUGGAGAAGAUGACUCAGAUGCGAGAUACCUGCAAGGGUAAAGCUGCCUAUAGCAAGUUCUUCCAGGAGCUUCUUUCCAUCACUGACAGUGAACAGAAGAAGCUUGGAGCCUGCCCCUUCAAUGCACAUGUCUGCCCAUUCAGCCGUGAUGCUAAAGGAAAGCCAAUUGUCCCCAAGUGAGGUCGACAGAUCAGUGGCUGUUGCUUAACAUGGAUUUGACGAAGACAAAGAUCAAACCGGACUGACUUAUCUAUCGUUAACGAAUAUUUGAAGUGCAUUUUACACGUUUCAGAUUUUUCUGCGAACGUGUUUUUUCACUGUGUGAUUACUUGUUUAAUUAACAAUAAAACUUGUGAAAUUAUCCAGA